GUUAUGUCUUUAAAUGAUUGGACAACCCAACAGCUUUAAUGUUCAAAAGUUCUUCAGCUUUACUGUCCUAUAUAAGGAAUGUAUUUGGCUUGAGUGUUGUAUAUGAAGCAUGAAAUACUACUGUUAAAAUAUAGAAAAAAGAAUUAAAUUGAGAUGCUUACAAGCAGGACGUAGAUAGAGAUAUAUAGAGAUCUUAUGUUAUUUGACAAGCUAAUAAUGGACAGAAAAUGCAGGCAAACUUUUGAGGAUAUAGUGUUUUGUUUCACAGGAAGCAUCAGGUUAGGUGCAGAUGGUUUUAUACGUAUAUUUCCUGGGAGGAAGAAGAUAGGCUCUUUCUAUUUCUUUUUAUGUCUGUAUGAUGAGCUGCUUGAAAGUUAAGAGGUGAUAAAGCUGUGAGGCAGUUAAUGUUCCCUAGCACAAAUCCUUUGAAGGGUAGAGGCAUUAGGAUGUGCCAUUAGGAUCUGCUUUUGAAAGUAGUUUGCAGGACUUCCUUGACCAUUAAGCAUGAGAGUUAAAUUAGAGUGGUUUUGUGGAAGAAUGUUCUCCGCUUGGUUACUGAAUGACCUGUAUGUUAUCCUUGUCUGUGUAUUUUAAUUCUAGUAAAUAAUGCUUAUUUGGCUUUAUCUGCUAUUUUCCAAAGCAUAUAAAGUUCUGCUGUGUGCUUACAUUAUAUUCAUAGCUUUUGGUAAUUCUGUUCAUUUGUUUUAAUUAGAGAAUGGUAAUCAUUCAUUCUUAAAGUCAUAGGAAAGCCUGGAAACUUUACACAUAGGGAAAGGUCUGUAAAGGCUGUUUUGUCUGAUUUAAACAUCAGGUUUGCUUAGAAAGCUGAUUAGUUCCUUCUACAUUAAGUUCCUUUUUUGAGGCAUGUCUUUACACUGUGUGUGUGUGUGUGUAUGUGUGUGUGUGUGUAUAUACACACAUGAGAGUUGUAUGAAAGCCAUUUGUGUUCAAUUGACUCGAAGCUUAUAUUUUAAAGAGUUGCAUAGGAGGAUAAUGUUUAUUUAGUAGAGCAGGUAGUAUUGCAUCAUGGUGAUACAGACAUCCAUUUGAAAUCAGCAGGAAUUCUCAUUGUAGGAAUAUGUUCAGAAAUAGUAUUUCCUGAUGUGAGAGCUGCUUCAAAAGCAAUGCUUCCUAUUUUAUUAUGUUGACCUAUGCAAUGGAGAUGGAUGUUGGUGGUAUGGCAGUAGAAGUUGAACCUUCUUGACUAUACUGUUGCUGUGCAUCAGAUGGCAGCAGAGGGGCAGCCUGAAAAUGACAUCUGUUGUGGAGAUGCUUGUGAAGCAAAGGUGUGUCACUGAAUUCCUCAAUGGAGAAAAAAUGACACCUAUUGACAUUCAUCAACACUUGCUGAAUGUUUCUGGAGGAACCAAAUUGUGGAUGUGAGCACAGUGAGGGAGUGGGUGAUGUGUUUCAGCGGUGGCUACAGUGGAUCACUUCCACUGGUGCAGCAUGACAUGCAGGUUCUUGUUCAUCGCUGGUAGAAGAUGCAUGGCUAAUGGUGGUCGUUUGUAUGCAAUGCAAACAGGGAUGAAGAUUGAUAGUAAAACCCCAGAAUGCCGCAAAUUUUUAUCUAAACUUAUGGAUCAGUUGGAAGCUAUGAAAAAACAAUUUGGUGAUAAUGAAGCAAUUACUCAGGAAAUUGUUGGUUCUGCUCAUGUGGAGAAUUAUGCUUUGAAAAUGUUUUUAUAUGCAGACAAUGAAGACAGAGCUGGGCAGUUUCAUAAAAACAUGAUAAAGUCCUUUUACACUGCCAGUCUCCUGAUAGAUGUUCUGACAGUAUUUGGGGAGCUCUCUGAAGAGAAUGUUCAGCACAGAAAGUAUGCCAGGUGGAAAGCAGCAUACAUUCAUAACUGCUUGAAAAAUGGAGAGACUCCUCAGCCUGGACCUAUUGGAAUGGAAGGAGAGACUUUUGAUCUUGAAAGAGAAGAGGCAGGGUCAUCUUCUCACCAGAGUGGAAUAAAUCAACCAACAUCAUCAUCAUCUACGUAUGAAGCUAACAACACACCAACUAGUAAUUUCACUGGCAUACAUGUUCCACCAGGUGCCCAUGCACCAGCCAAUACUCCAGCUGAAGUACCUCAUAACACAGGAGUGACGACUAAUACCAUUCAACCUUCUCCUCAAAAUAUUCCUCUAGUAGAUCCUUCCCUUUACAGUGCUCAGUCUGCAGGGGAAGUCCGUUUGACUCCAGAGGACUUUGCCAGAGCUCAAAAAUACUGCAAAUAUGCUGGCAGUGCUUUGCAAUAUGAAGAUGUGAGCACUGCUGUACAGAAUCUACAGAAGGCUCUCAAGUUACUGAUUACGGGCAAAGAAUAAAGCCUUUAAUCCAACAGAUUCAUGCCAUUUGCCUGAAGAACUAACAGCUUAUUACUGUACCCGUUAGGGGAGUGGAAAUAUACAGAAGCUCUCCAUCUAAUCACCUAUGGUAAUGAAAUCACUCUUUCAGUGUCAGUAGGACUCUUCAUUUUAAAAACAGUGGAGCUAGGAGCAUAUGAAUGCAGUUGUUUGAUGUAAGCAAAAUACUAAAGAAUGUACUGUGAACACUGAUUAAGAGGUAGAGUUCAUAUUUCAAUAUUUAGAUUAUCAGUCUGGGAAAUAUCAAAUCUGCAGAAAGGUUGAACAUUACAAUGUUCUGUUGAAAUUCUGGCUCUGCUUUCAUUUUUUUCAAACAAUUAUCUAAGAAGUUUAAAUAGCUUUAAAAUGGUAACAAAAUUCACAACUUCCUCCAGAAAAGAAAGCAUGUAAGAAGACUGGCACAUACACAGGACUUUUUUCCAUACCUAAAUUAUUGGAGUAUCCUCUGAGACAUAAAGUUAAACAGGACUUGAGGUUAUUUGUAUAUUAUUUUAAUACAUGCAUUGAAAACAUUUCUUGAUACAUCAAGGAGAGUAAUUUUGAUUGCAUUCCAACCCAACCACCACCGAGUGGACUGCUGCAUGCAGUCUUGAUCAUUGGUUCUUUGCAUGAACACUGGGAAUUUUGUUUAUGUAUGGUUAACAAAGAGAAAGUACUGAUAUUUAGUGGAGAUGAUCCUGAAACCAGGGACAGAGAGCUGUCCCUGCGUGAGCUUUUAGGGAGAUUUACUUCAUAGAUGUUUCAUCUCUUUAAUAAACUGAAUCGAAGGAUGGUUCAACCAUUUGGUUCAUCUUUGGUAUUAGUGAUCUAGAAGUUUGUAUUCCCAGCUAAUAUUCUUUCUAUCUGCUAUGUUGUAGAGGCUAUUUGGACUUGGGAACUAAUUAAAAUAUCUUGGAAAUAGAAUUUGUAGUCUUUUUCUAAGUGUGCUCCUGCUAUUUUAGGGCUCUUGGUUGUUAAGAAUUCAUCCUUGCAGUUUGAAAGAAGGACUUAGUAGUCUUUUAACUGGCAUGACAUAGGAAUUGAGUUCACCACAAAGUAUGUCUGAUUUAUGCAAUAUCUUUUAACGUCGGAUUGUCUGAUAUGUCUAUCUUUCCAAGCUCUUGGAUCGAAUGCACAUCAUUUGUAACUGCACUGUUUUUGCAGCAUCUUAAAUGCGUCUGAAACUCAAAGCAGAAAGUUGAGGAAAAUAAAAUCAAGCAUAAGCGUGCACUGAAACCUAGCUGAUGGUAUCAUUUUAUGACAGCAGAUUGAGUCUGUUUGUCAACAACUUUGAGAAGGGUAGUGCAACAUCUGUUGAUGUAGCUUUAAGCUAGAUAUAAUAGAACACCUCUGGAACUGCUUGUGUUUUGCUUUCUGCUGCGGGCAUGGCUUUGUUGGUAUGGUGUGCUAAUCUGGAUAGUGAUUUGGAUUAGAUUUUAAUUGGCUUGGGAUGUUUAGAAUAAAUCUGUCUGAAACUUUUUUUGACAA